AUGCAUGAACUCUGUCGACCGUUCUGGUUGAGCAUCGACAACUGUGAGCUUCUCAUGCACAGGUUAAACGCUGAAAUGAUCAAAGGCUUAAAUACUCCAGACGACCCGAGCAACGAUUUAAGAAUGAUAAAUACUUUUACAACAGCUCUUCCACUUGGAAAUGAAACGGGAAAGUACCUCGCUCUUGAUCUGGGUGGAACAAAUUAUCGACUUUUAUUGGUGACAUUUGAGGCCCCACAAACUCCACCAAAAAUAGAGGAAGAAAUGUAUGUCAUUGCCCAAGAACUUCAACAGGGAAGGUCGGAUGACUUGUUUGGAUUUAUAGCAGGGACAGUUAAAAAAUUCUUGCAGAGUCGUGGAUUGUUGGACACACCAAUAGACUUGGGGUUCACGUUUUCAUUUCCGGUGCAGCAAACAAGUUUGAGCAGUGGAACACUUAUUCGAUGGACAAAAGGUUUUGAUGUUCCAGAUGCCAUCGGCAAAGACAUUGUUCAACUUCUCAACGAGGCGAUGAGAAAACUGGACCUGCAAGUUAAUUGUCGAGUGUUGGUGAAUGAUACAGUAGGAGCAUUAGCAUCCUGCGCGUUUUUGGAUCCCAAUACAGCUGUAGGUUUAAUUGUGGGCACCGGUACAAACGCGGCUUAUGUGGAAAAGCUGAAAAAUGCGAAAAAAAUUACCGGCUUCCCUCCAGAAAUUGAGUCGGUCGUGAUAAACACAGAGUGGGGCGCCUUUGGUGAACAUGGAUGUAUAGAUGAAUUCCUCACCGAAUUUGAUAAACAAAUUGACAGGGAUUCGCUCAAUCCGGGAAAACAAGUGUUUGAGAAGCUUAUAAGUGGCAUGUACCUUGGAGAAAUUGCAAGGCUUAUACUACUUAAGCUUGCAGAAGAAGGGCAUCUAUUCGAUGGAAUCGUCCCUCCGCUGCUUCGAGAGAAAAAUGGAAUUCCAGCGAACAUCCUCAGUGACGUUGAAAGAGAUCCCCCGCACCUCUUCUACAGUACGGAGUACGUCCUACGCGAUGCCUUUCAGCUCUCCCAGUUCCGAUCUGAGCACUUAAAAAUCGUUCGACAUGUUUGCACAUCUGUUUCCAAUCGAGCUGCCACUUUAGUAGGCGCCGGCCUGGCUUGCAUCGUGAAUCGAAUGAACCGCCCUAAAACAACAAUUGGAGUUGAUGGAUCACUGUUUAGGUUCCAUCCGACAUUUGCACACACAAUGAUUGAAGUUUUGGCAAAACUUGUGCCGUCGCGUUGUACAUUCCGACUCAAGUUAUCCGAGGACGGCAGUGGAAAGGGCGCCGGGGCGUUGGUUGCAGCGGCUAAACGUGCACUUGCGACAGACACAAAAUACAUGCUAAGCGUCAUUGAACGCGAAGUUCUUUCCGCAUUUAAAGCCGCUUUCAACGGAUACAAAGAAAUGCUUGUCCAGUGUUAUGGAGAUCCCUGA